AUGUGUAUGAACAAAUCGCAACCUGGGGUUUCAUAUCCUACAUCAACUGACUCAAUUGUUAAACUUGAACAAUAUUCAAUUAGUUCAUCAGAAAAUAGUCGUACAUCAUAUGAUGAUAACGAAAUUAUUGCAUUUGGUCCAAUUAAAGUAAAACCACGUAAAAAACCAGCACCAACAUUGGCUACGGGUCGUCGAUCAAAAUAUGAAAUAUUAACUCCGGAAGAAGAACAAAAACGAAAUGUAAGACGUGCACGUAAUCGUGCUGCUGCAGAACGUGUACGUGUAAGUCGAUUAAAUGUUGAACAACAAUUAAUGGACCAAAUCGCUGCAUUAGAACAACAAGAACAAAAAUUAUCGAAUAAUGUUCAGACACUUCAACAUAAAAAACUACAUUUAGAAACACGACUUUUUACUCAUGAACAAAUGUGUUCGACUAUGAAUUCAUCUAAUUUAUCAUUAACUUCAAAUCUUGAUUUCACAUCUUAUUUACCAUUAGAAAAUAUUCCAUCAUCAUCUUUUCAACAAUAUGAUACAAUGUCAAAUGACAAAUUAACUAUUGAAUUUGAAUCAUUUUUAAAUUCAUUAACUACUGAACAAAUACAAGAAAAUUUUCCAGAAUCACUCUCAUCUAUAUUAAUCCAUGAUGAUCUCAAUGAUUUCUUAAUGGAUUCAUAA